CUACCCAACAGACUACCUCCCACGAACCGGCGGAGCUAGGUAGCAGAAAAAAUGCGCGCGGCCACUCGUCAAGCACAGCGAACGCUCGUUCGGCCCACCAAACAUGGUCUUGGGGUGCGAUGCAUGGGAACUGAGGCCUCAUCUCGGAGCGGCCUGUCAUUGCCCAGUGCGCCGAGCAAGCGCUACACCGCGGUCACGCACCCAGAAGACCCGUCCUCGAUCACCCCGGCCGUCAAGGAGCUGCUCGACCGCUCGCAUGCGUACAUCCUGCCCGUCUACGCCCGGCCGCCCAUUGUCAUGGCCAAGGGCAAGGGCGCAUACCUCUGGGACGUGCAAGGCCGCAAGUACCUCGACUUCAGCGCGGGUAUUGCAGUGAAUGCACUCGGGCAUGGGGACGAAGGUGUCGCAGAGGUCAUGCGAACGACCGCGUCAACGCUGCUGCAUACGAGCAACGUCUACCACCAUGAGUACGCGGGGAAGCUCGCCGAGCUGCUCAUCCAGCUGACCCAGGCCGAGGGUGGGCUCGGGUGGGCGCCCGGCAGCACACACCCGGUGACGAAUGGCACGAGCGGCGCGAAGGUGUUCUUCUCCAACUCGGGCACGGAGGCAAACGAGGGCGCGCUCAAGGUCGCGCGCAAGGUCGGCAAGGAGCGCUGGGCGAAGGCUACCGGAAAAGCGUGGGACGAUCCGGCGUGCGACAAGGUCGAGAUCGUGUGCUUCGAGCGUGGCUUCCACGGGCGAUCCAUGGGCGCGCUCAGCGUCACCUCGAACCCGAAGUACCAGAAGCCGUUCACGCCCUUGAUCCCGGGCGUGCGGGUCGGGCAGCUGAACGACACCGCGGCGCUGGAGGGCUUGGUGGGAGAGAAGACGUGCGCAGUUAUCGUCGAGCCUAUCCAGGGCGAGGGCGGCAUCAAUGUCGCCGAGGUGGACUGGUUGCGCGCGCUCCGGAAACGAUGCGACGAGGUCGGCGCGGUGUUGAUUUAUGAUGAAAUCCAGUGCGGUCUAUAUCGGACGGGUAGCCUUUGGGCCCAUUCAACCGUCCCAGCAGACGCGCAUCCGGACAUUGUGACCACUGCUAAGCCGCUUGCCAAUGGGUACCCAAUCGGAGCUGUGCUGCUGCGAGACAACAUUGCGGAAGUAAUGACCGCCGGCACACACGGUACCACUUUCGGAGGGUCGCCCCUUGCCUGUGCGCUGGGCCACCAUGUUAUGUCGCGUCUGUCGGACAGGGCGUUCGUGGCGAACGUCAAGGAGACGAGCGACUACCUGGAGGCGCGGCUGGCGCUGCUCACGAAGUGGUUCCCGAACAUUCUGGAGGAGAAGGUGCGGGGAAGGGGGCUCAUCCGCGGACUUGGGUUCAAGGACAGCAGCCACCCUGGGCGGGUGGUGGAGCUUGCGCGGGAGCGAGGAGUGCUAUUGCUGACGGCGGGAGCGGACGCGGUGCGAUUGGUGCCAAGCCUGAACAUCGGUGUGGGGGAGGUUGGGGAGGCCAUGGAGGUGGUAGAGAGCUGCUUGAGUGUGUUGAGCGAGUAGAUGUCAGUCGUGUACGGUCAUGAGAAGCAUUCCCGG